UGGGGUCGGCACGUGAGCGUGACUGCUCGAAGUGGUAGUCGAACUGAACUGGGGUGGCUACUUGCCUAUUACAGUCUUGAACUUUUGCAUGAAGCGCGACUCGGUGCAGCUCGUGUCCUAUUCGAGUUCUGAAGAUUCCGAUUCCGAAAAAUCUCCGCCAACAAAGAAAAGAAAACUUCCCACACUUGCGGCCACAUUGGCAGGCAAAACUCACGUCGACAACCCUGCUCUUCAUCAAGGUCGUAAGAGAUCAACACCCCACAUCGAUGGCCAAUAUGCCACCCACGUCUACGCGUCUGUUCCGUUAUCCCGGAGCUCUCAGCUCUUCGACGCCAUCAGCAAGAUAACUGCCAGCGCAAAGGCUCGAGUGCCGGCUCUUAAUGACUUCUUUUCCGCGCCGGAUGGCAGACGGCCUGAACUGCAUAUAUCCGUUACGCGACCCAUAUUCGUCCGGGCACAUCAGCGUGAGGAAUUGAAACGGGCGGUGAAACGAAUCGCCGACGGGACGCGACCCUUCUCCGCUUCCUUGGCGUGUAUCACCGAGCUCGUCAAUGAUGAACGCACUCGAGUCUUCCUGGCUCUCGAGAUAGGCGCCGGACAUCACGAACUUUCUGAGCUUACUGCAUCUCUCAACCCUGUUCUGCAGGCCAUCCGGCAAGAAGUAUACUAUUCUGAACCUCGUUUCCAUGCUUCUAUCGGCUGGGCCCUGCUUGACGAAAACCCACAGUCUCCACAGGCUGCUUCGGAAUAUCCCACCAUUAGGGGUUUCCCCUCCACACUGCUCGCUGACCUGGAUACAGAACACAGACUUUCGUUGUCGGCGGCUGCAGUGAAAAGUUUUGAUAUUGACGAGAUUUGCGUGAAAAUCGGUCAGGAUGUCUGCCGGUUCCGGCUGCAAUCAUGAUUUUGACCCGUGGGGUCUCGGGAAUCUGGGGAAUUCAUUCAUGUGCUGUUUAUCUUUGCCCCCUUGCGCCACAGACAUCUUUACGAGCCUCAUGUGGUGAAAUACCCGCCGGGGGCGCCGUUCUUUACCCGGAAGAGAAUUCGAUAAGAGGGAGAUGGUGCGGCCUGAGAUCCUGGGUGCAUUGUUGAUUUGUUUCAUAUCAGAGUCGCAUUUGGACGUUCAUCCGAAGAGGAAAAGAGAAUCAAGAGCGCUUGCUGUUGAUGAUGGAAUUCGACAAUGAAAGACCUGUCCUUGUUUGGCAGAUUGUGUCGGGGCGUCUAAUGUCUGAGCGUUGGCUGACAUAUUGGGAUCCGCCGGUGCACGGCAUCCGGACUCCGCUUGCAAGCUGGCUCGUUUGCCUAACUCAGUGUGCACCCGGCACGAGGCUAUUUAGAGGGGCAUGUUCAUCGAUUUGGCCUAGGACCCUGCGGCGAGACUACGAGGGCGACAUUCCGCCCACUGCCGGUUCCCUGGUCGAACAGAUUGACGACUGCGACUUGAACGUCCACUAAUCCAACAAGCUGUUCCUGGACCCACGUUCGACGGUCCAGGAUGAACAGACUUUCUACCAUCGGCCCCGCGAUACAACGGAGAACGUGGAGAACCUCCAGCUCGCUGAUCAGCCCGUUUUCAUAGCCAGUGAGCGGGCCGCACUCGAAAACGGCGCCAAGACGAUCACUUGCAGCCCGAACAAAGGUUUCCCAAUCUGUGUACACUGCAUUACUCAAUCGGCCUAACCGGCGCAUAACUGGUCGAUCGCCCGUUCCGUCAGGCUGACCAUCGAUGCUAUCGGACUCGACGUUCGCAGAGAAGCGAGAGCCGAUGAUCGCUCGCCAGACGACCUUGCGCAGGGCCAGUUCGGCGUCUGCUCGACUCUCGGGCGAACGCAUCCACUGACUUGGCAUCUGAGCGGCCAGAUGGAAGGCCGAGAUUGGCAAGGACAGACGCUCGGGUCUACAUGUGAGAUGUGUCGAGAGUGGAAAGUCUCGAGAAGCUAAAAGAUUAUAGCAGCACCCUAUGGCAAUUACUCCCAGAGGCUUCCACCAUGCGUGACCUACUCUUGUCUGCUGCAUGAAGAAGGCUCGGAGAAUGUCGGGAGUAAGCGAGCCGCAUGCGUGAAGAGCCACAAACAGCACUGGAACAGGCUCGCCAGAGCUGGGUACCUUCGAGCUCUGGAUCCAUUCGUCGACUGAGUCGCUCAGGGUCUGCGGUGUUAUAUGGAUCGUCUUCUGGGUGAUCGAUCCCACCAGGCCCGUCCGCUCUUGCCAACGCUCAGCACCCCGCGUCUGUAUUUCUGAAGAGUCGAGAGCCAGAAGCCCCAAGCGCGAGAGUGCAAUCUACACACUUGACCCGCUCCAACAUCAACGAUCCGCACUGCCGGUACGUCCAAGUUCAAGGAGCUGAGAAGAUUGGAGAUGUAGGCUACACUCUGGUGGACCUGAAAGUGACAUUUGAGAUGGCAGACGACAUAUAAUGUCAAGAACAACCUCGUGAGCUUUCUUCGGUGACAUGCCUCGUGUCGAGAGUUCGAAGGGAUCAACUUCAGUUAUGAGUAUUAUUAGGAAGAAAGCUGUAUAAUAGGAACUUCGCACCAGCGUUGAUCGGAA